AGCUCUUCUUAAAGUGUUCCUUCCUUCCUUUACUUCCAUCUUGACCUGUUGGUAAAUCUUCGAUUUCGAUCAUGCGCAGAAGAUCUGCUCGAUUGCCUCCAGCUUGGUAUGCUGUAGAAGAGCGUAAGAGAGGAUGCUGUAGACGGCUACCGGCACGCUUUUGUUGUGCUUGGGUAUGUUUCGCAUUGCUGCUUUCAUUCGUGUCAUAUAUGUCACAUCCUUCUCCGCUGUCAUCUUCUCGAUUACUGGGCUUACAAGCAUUUGAUUCGAUACGCAAUCCGAACCCAGCCUCUGAUCAAGUAGUCGACUCAACAGUACAAAAUAAUGCAGACCCCUCAACAUUCGGCAGCACAGCUCCAUCCUAUCCUUUGGACGUUUAUGCACCUCAAGUACCAAAUCCAGUCCCACUCACAGAAAUCACAGUUCAUUCAUGCUUCCCACUCCUACUGGGCAACUGCAAACCUCUCACAACACCAGAAAAGGAUGCCCGUCUAGGACCUUGGGUUCUUGUCGAUCGACCAUUAGAUGCAGACACAGCAACUGCCCGAUCGAAAAAGACUGGUGAAUUUGGAAUACCAAGUCUUGAUUUCUUGGGACAAUUGAUGGCUUCUUUCGAAACGAAGUACCUCUUCUAUCGUCGCAGUCGUCGAUCAGAUGUACCAAAAAUCGUUGAUCUACGUCUUGUUCAGACUGGCGCUGAUAAUAGACCUGUUGGAGGUGAUUAUGCUGGCUGGCAUAGAGUUGCAGAGGACAUGCGUUCAACUUUCUUGGCCGCUUCAUCGAAGAAGAUGCCUGUUCAUCUAUACUAUCGCACUGUAGGUGGUACAGCACAGGAUAAAGAUGGCGAAGAAGGAAUGGCCCCCGAGACAUUGUCAGCGGCAGACCAAGCACUCAAUUCUGAUCCGAUCACAGAAGUUGAUGUCAUUUACGGCACUGGACCUGCUUGGCCGGGAUUCAAGCAAGUGGGAUUGGCAGUCCAAAGCAAUGAAGCCCUUAAUGUAGCACAAGUCACCUUGACUGCAAGAAGGAAACCAGAAAGAUUACCCAAUGAACCUCCAGACCCGCUCUUCAAAGAAGAUGGAACAUUUAAGAUCAUGCAAUUGUCCGAUUUACACCUUUCUGUUCGACAUGAACUUUGUAGAGAUGUAGCAUGGAAUACGCCAAGCAAGCCAUGCGUUGCUGAUGAUGAUACGAUCAAGAUGAUUGAGAAAUGGCUUGAUGAAGAAAAGCCAGAUAUGAUUGUAUUCACCGGAGAUCAACUUAAUGGGCAAGGAACCAGUUGGGAUGAAAAGAGUGUGAUACCGAAAUGGGCCAGGCUUGCGAUCGAUCGAAAGAUCCCAUGGGCUUCCAUUCAAGGUAAUCAUGAUUCGCAAUCGGGAGUGUUGACGAGAGGAGAACAACAGGCAUUGUUGUCACGCUUGCCUUACUCUCACAGUCGUGUUGGUCCUACGCGGCUACACGAUGGCAAUGGUGCUGGAAACUAUUACAUAAAAAUUCGAUCACCCAAAUCCGACAAGAUUCACCUUUUCACAUUAUAUUUACUUGAUUCGGGAGAAUAUGCGCCAGUGGACCAUUGGCAUCCAUUCAAGUUCUCCGGGUAUGAUUGGGUUCGUCCGGAUCAGAUUGAAUGGUUCAAAGAUGUUUCGAAAAAGGUUUCAGGGAUUGCAAGACCUUAUGAAGGAGAUGGAGCAAAGGAUUUAGGUAGGAUUUGGCCAAGAGAUAGUGAUUUGGGAAAGAGAGAUCAACAAUCUUAUCUCUCUAAACCAAAAGCGUUUAUGUUUGUUCAUAUUCCCGUUCCUGAAGCAUUUGAUGCAGCGGAUACACAAAUUGGAGCACAAGUAACACAAUUCGGUGAAAUGAAAGAGAUCAAAACAGUAGAAGGAGCACAAAAGAAGGCCGGGCUAUUUUCUGCUGUGCUAGAUCGCCCCAAAGAAGAACAAGAUGUGAUUGGAUUUUUCCAUGGUCAUAUGCAUUUGAAUGCGGGAUGUAGAAGGGUGAAAGGUGUUUGGGUUUGCUUUAAUGGUGGUUCAUCUUUUGCUGCUUAUGGAGAAAAAGGAUUUGAUAGAAGAACAAGAAUUAUAAAUAUCUCUAAUUGGGGUCAAAAAGUUGAUACGUGGCAAGUGAUGGAGUCGAAGCCGGGUCGAUUUGAAGAACAUACUCUGUUUGAGGAGACUGGACCAGUCGUCUGAUAGAGUUGAUCAUCAUUAAUUUUGUACACUAUAUUUCAUUCCAAUUCUAUACCCUUGGCUAUUGCGAGGACAUAAAUGACCUCUCGCACCUCUUCCCCUUAGGAUUUCACUUCCUUGUUGUUUGCACGUGCGCCAGGCUGGUCUCAGGCUUUUUGAGGUCAGUUUCCCCGGGCUUAUCCGCCGAACUUUGUCGUAGGGCGUA